AGCAGUAGACAAGUAUACACACUAGAUAACUAAUGUUAUCUCAUCAGCGGAAGUAAGGUAUAUAUCAUGGCUACUUUGCUGUCCAUGUUGUUGUUGUUCUCACUUCUCGUACUCACUACAGCUUCGGUCAAGCCGCAAUGUUGUAUGUACGACCAAUGGGAGGGCGUGCUAUUCUUUGGGUACGCAUCAUCGGGGCUCCAGGAGUUUACGUUCUGUAACGGGACAGCCCGGGUGUCAUACGACCUUGUCAACGCCAUGACGUUUGUCAACUUUGAUAUUUACAAACGGUCAACUUCGUCUCCGAUUUCUUUGACAAGUGCCAUCGUUAUAUCUCAUUUCAAUACGGGUGUGAAGUAUACGAUAUCCACAGCGAAUAAGACAUGUGAGAAAACGCCACUUUCGACAACAAAGAUGACUACGUAUUGUGCAUCAGAAUUUCAGGAAAGUAAAAGUCAUCCAAGAGGAUCAAUCGGUGGAUCAAUGCCGGUGAAAAAUGUGGAUAUUCUUGAGGAAACAAUCUAUUCCACAAUAUACCAAGACAACUCUAACUGUAUGCCGUUGUUUGCAUCUGGUAUCUUGAAGGCUCCCGGGGUAGGAAUAGAGGGUGCUGUUGAUUUCCUCGAUCUACAAGAGGGCAUCAAAGACCGAAAAAUAUUCACUCCGCCAUCGUAUUGUCCAGAACAAAUGUCAAAGGAAAAUGACGAAGAAUCUUUCUUUUGACUCUGCAGUCUUUUUCAUAAAAAUAAAAAAUAAACAUAUUUUUCCUGUUAUGCCUCU